AUGAAAUCAUUUUCAAUAAUUGAAAAUGUAACAUUAUCUUUGUCCAAUAUUUCAACUGAAAUUUAUCCUUUACUUAAAUCAAUUCGAUCAGAUUGGACUCAAUCAAAUACGCGUUUAGUAACAUUUACUGAAGGUUUAGCAAAUAUAAUCUUAGGUCUUUUUGAUACUCGAAAUUCUGAUGAUGAUUCAAAUGCUUUAAUUAUUAAAAUAUAUGGUGCUCAAACAGAAUUAUAUAUUGAUCGACAAUCAGAAAUAAAUACUAUGAAUAUAUUGUCUGAACAACAUGUCUUUUCUCAACGUGUUCUUAUUCACUUUAAUAAUGGAAUUAUUUAUGAAUAUGUAUCAGGAAAAGCAUGUUCAAGAGAUGAUGUACGAAAAGAAAAUAUAGCACAAUUGAUUGCAAUUAAACUUGCACAAUUUCAUAAUGUACCAAUUGUAAAAACUGAAAAACCUUAUAUUAUUUUAAUAUUACGUAAAUUUAUUGAGUUACUUAAUGGAAGUUCAUUCGAUUUGACAUCUAUCAUAUCAGAUAUUAAUGCAUUAGAUGAACGUAUUCUUCCUCGUCUUGUUCCAAAUGCUGAAUUUGGUAAAGAACUUGUAUUAUGUCAUAAUGAUUUAGUUGUUAAAAAUAUAAUUUAUAAUGAAAAAGAUCAAUCAGUAUCAUUUAUUGAUUUUGAAUAUGCUCAUAUAAAUUAUGCUUUAUUUGAUAUUGCAAAUCAUUUUGUUGAAUAUGCUGGUGGUGAUGAUACAGAUUUUAGCUUAUAUCCAGGUCGAGAUGAACAAAAAAGAUGGUUGAAAAUAUAUUUUCAAACUCGUGGGAUGCAUCAACAAACUAUUAAUGAUGAUUUAUGUCAUCUUAUUGAUCAAUUUUCUGCUCUUUCAUUUUUAAUGUGGGGGCUUUGGGGAUUAGUUCAAGCACAAAUAUCACAAAUAGAUUAUGAUUAUAUUACUUAUGCAAACAUAAGACUUGAUUAUUAUAAAAAUUUACGAUCACUUCUUUUUGAAAAAGACUAA